CACCUGUUGUGGAAACCGUCUGGCCCUUUCGCUAAGUGCGGCAGCUGCCUCUCACUUCGUUGGGGGAAACACCACCCACCCCCUGGUUGGGGAAGCGUCCUCACCCUCCCUCUUUGGAAAUCAUGUUUAGGAUGUGGGGGACACCAUCAGUCGCGGAGCCCAGUGAUUCAUGACUUGCGAUUCCCUCUUGUUUUACCGAAAUUCUAAUUACUGGGAAGCAUGAUCAACUCUGCAAGUGAACUGGAGUUUUCCAAAGAAGAAAUUAAAAACGAAUUAUCCAGACUCACUUCGCUGACACAUACGGAGAAAUCGGGAUCCAAAGAAAGAAGUGUAAUGUGUUUAAAUGAAAAAAAUGGCUAUCAGGACAUUGUUUAUAUGAAGGCAGCUAAUAUUUUUCAGGGCAUUAGAAUUGAAAAGGCCCCCGACAAAGUCUUGAUAAAGUAUGGCAGUGAACCAGUUCUGGCCUUGCCGGAUUUUGAAGAUGAAAACUGCCAGCGUUUGUCCUAUGAACUAGCUUUCAGUGCUCUAAAAUAUCAAGAUAUUUUGGAAAGUAUAUUAAUAGACAGCUGUUUCUAUCCAAAUGUGUCAAUACCAGUUGCUCUGACCAGUCUUGUUGUCGUGAUGUUGUAUGACUUCCAAGACAGAAAAUUUGAAAGUCGACUACUUUCAGAUGAGGAAGAGUCAAUUUCAGAAGUUCAGGAAGUAGAGAAUCUUCUUAACAGUUUUAAAACAAAAUUGGCUGCAGCACUGGCAAGAUGUCGAAUUAAACAUGAUGCUCUUUCAAUUUACCAAAUUCUACCAGAAACUGUUAGAAAACAGGAACAAAGAGCUUCUACUUUGCCACUUUAUGCUUGGGUAAAUACUUGCAAAAUCAGCCCUGAAGUUGUUUGCGAUGAUUUGAAGAAAGGAGGAUACACCAAAGUCAGAUCUGCAUUUGACUUGGAGUGUAAAUCUUUUUGUAUGGACCAGCAUUGCAGUGAUGUCUUAAUUUUCCCAUCUCAUCUUAAAAGUGAACUUCUUAAUAUAGAGCUUUGUACAGAUUAUAAACUUUUGUUUCAGGAUAAAUCUCGAAGUCUUGCUGUUCAUUCUGUAAAGACCUUGCUGAAUAUGGAUGAUGACAUCUUAUUGGUUAACAUGGGUUCCUGGUACACUGUUGCUCAUAUGUCAACACUGACAAAUCAGAGUACCUCAAAAAUAUAUGUAUGUGGAAUAAAAUCACAAACUAAGGAAUCUGAACUGAAGAAUCUUUUUACAAAUAUGGGAUGUAAAAACAUUGAGCUGCUGCAUGAAAAUUUUACUGACAUUGAAGCAAAAGAUCAAAGGUUACAGAAAGUUAAAGUUAUUCUUCUGCUGCCUCGUUGCUCUGGACUGGGUGUUAGCAACCCAAUAGAAUUUAUUUUAAAUGAGAACGAAGAUGCAGAAUUGCUUAAAGAUCACUCUCAAGGCUCCAUUGCAAAAGAUAAACUUAAUGUUCUUGCUGAACAGCAAUAUAAACAACUAAAACAUGCAAUGCAGUUUAACAAAGUACAAGCAAUUGUUUACUGCACAUGUUCAGUUUAUCCGGAAGAAAAUGAAGUUGUUGUUAAAAAAGCACUGGAACUUGGAGUUGAAGGGAAUAAUAAAAUACAACCUUACAGGCUAAGUCCUCCUGUACUUCCACUGUGUUCUGUAAAAGAAAUUCGUUCAUCUAUUGAUAAAUUUUUCAAAGUAGAACCAUCUGAAAUUACCAAUGGUUGUUUCCUUGCUGUCCUAACAAGAGAGCGGGACCCAUCAGAGACAGUGUCUGUCAAAGACGUUUUGGCACGUGCUGCAGCAAAGGGAUUGCUAGAUGGUAUUGAGUUAGCCAAAACAUCAAAAAAGGAAAAGAAGAAAAAGAAAUCCAAAACAUCACUGGUAAAAACUUCUAUUAAUGAGAGCAUGAGUUCACAAAUAAAAAUUGCAGAGUUCCUGAACCGAGAAUUGAGACCACGUGUUAAUCCUUCAGAGACAUUAACAACCAAAGCAAGUCCUCCACAGAAAAAUACAAAUCAAACAACAAGUAUUCCUCCACAGAAAAAAACUGGCAAGACACCCCCAAAUGCAGUUAUGAAGAACAUGCCUUCCACGUCCAAGGCAUCAGAGAGACAGAUGAGCACUAUAAGGCCACGCCCUGAGGAUAAAAUGAUUGCACUGAAACCUGUAGAGAUCGUUUUGCCUCCCGUAAUGAUGUCAUACAAUGGUUCCCAAGCCAACAAAACCCAGAUUCCAGCGCAUUACUUUUACCGUUGGAUUGGAGGCAAGGCUGGUGGCUCAAUUGCGCCUUCAUCAUCCAAAAAAUUGGAAAAACCCAAAGAAAACUUACCUUCCUCUGCAGUGAGGCAUCCUCAACCAUGGCUUUGAUCAUCACCUGUUAUUUUCCUGGGGUCAAAGGGCAGAGUAUUUUUCUACCAAGUUUGACCUUUCUCUAAAGGUUAAAUAUCCUAGUGUAGAUAUUCAUCCUUUAGGUCAUCGAGCUUCUACUGUGAAUCUAAAUGGGACACUACAUUCAGAGCAUUAAGAUAAGUGACAAUAAUGUAGCCCAGGAAAUUAAGCAGAGUUCACCAAACUGGAUAGCUUGGUGCUUUAUCUAUUUGGAAAGCAACAGUUCUAGAUUCAUGAUCAGUUGUUAGACUUUUAUUACUUCUGUAACUUGGUCAAUAGGACAUCAGUUUUAAAAGAAACUUGAAGUGUAGUGUCUUACCUGAACAUAAUUAUUUUUUAUCUUACCCAUCAGAUUUAAGAACUUAAGUUUUAAGACAGUUAUAGGAGUAUAGUUACAGAAAAGAUGUUGCCCCUCUCAGAUGAAGUUUAGCUUCUUAUCUCAGCAUGCAUCUUGUAACUUUAUAAGACAGCAUAUUAAUUUCAGCCUUUAAGCUGAACUUUUAAUACUCGAACAUUAGGGAGUCUGCUUUGUACUGAUAUUGAGACUGACUACAAGCAAGAAAAAUAGGAGGUUCCAAUGAGCUGUAUAGAACAGAUGUUCUUUUACACAGUGAAAAUUACCUCUCAUAUGGUGAACUUUCCAGGGUCCUGAGCAGGGUAAAAUGGCACAGCUGUCUUUGACCACUUAGAUCAGAUGCUUUUAAAAAUAAUGACUGAAAGUAAGUUUACUCCUGAAUAUUAUCAAUUCUAAGAAGAUAUAAAAUUGUUGGAUCCAAGUAGCACCGCUGGUUGAAGAAACCCCUAAAGAUUUCUAAUUCUACUGAAAGAUCAGGUGAAAUGUGAAAAGCUGUAAGUCAUUUCAAAUUGAAAACAGUAAUCAAACUUUGGCAAAUCAUUUCUGUUGCACAAUCUGCUAAAAUAUAUUAUAGCAUUUUGUUAAUUAUAUUAAAUGCCAAUUCAUCUUCCAAGUAUUAUCAACCACCUGCAAAGAAUUAGUUUGAUUGUCAUUUCUGGGUCUACUGACUUUUCUCAUCAUGGCAACAGAAAUUGUUUGACAGUAAG